GAUGACCGCGUUGCUGCUAGGAUACCCGCAGCUGUUGAGGGCGGCGCAGCCCUUCACCGCUAUCUUCCUUUUCUCAACGGAGGAUGCGGUGUCUCACAGAUUACAGGCAGCGGUGAUCGGUGAGUUCAUUAUGUCAUAUAAUCUUGAUAUUGAUAAGUUGGGCUCGCAUCAGGCAAUGGAAGAUCCGCUAAAUCCACCUCCCACUGCCAUACACCUCCACCCCAUGUCGUGCAUUUCAGGGUAUGCCAUGUUCUUACACUUACACACCUCCGCAGUGGUCCUGUCUAGCUUUCACGCGAGCACCGGGUGCGCGUUGCGCUCGAACGCACCCUCGAAAUCUCCAGCACAAGCACAACCACGAGCACCUGCAGCUACGCGGGGCAUAUUGUGAGCCGCCCGCGACGUGCCUCAUAGCGAGCCUGUCGCUGCUGCACGGGUAUCGCAAGAAGGGCGGUUAACGGGUUGCGCAUCCGAGAUUACCAGCCGCAUGUCCUGCGCUGUUUCCUGCGCUGGAUGCCUAGCGGUUUUAAGACUUAGAUUUACCUCUUGUGUCUAU